UCAGAACCCUUCGGGAUACCGUUGAGAUCACACCUGUACACAGUCAUCCGAUAUGGCCGCCGAAACUUACGGACAUCGACUGCUCUACACCGAAAAAGAUAUUUUCCCCAAUGACGUUAUGUUGGAAUAUUCUACUGAAGAGUGUUACUUAUCCUGGCCAAGGUCACCCGACUCCGGGAGAUCCAGCUUGGAGCCGACACCGUCCAUGGAUGGAAGCAAUCAGGAAUCACCAACCCACAUCGCCUAUAGAGGAAUGCCGAACGAUUUAGUUUUAGAAGACAGUUCGGAAGACUUGGAUCUAGAAGGUUCUGGAAAGAGACGAGGAAGGGCGACCAGUGCUGCCGUUUUGCGAAGACGCCGCCUUGCAGCAAACGCGAGGGAAAGGAGACGGAUGCAGAACCUGAAUAAGGCUUUCGACAGACUACGCGGUCAUCUGCCAUCGCUCGGAGCCGACAGGCAGCUCUCCAAAUACGAGACCCUGCAAAUGGCCCAAACAUACAUCGCGGCAUUAUACGAACUGCUGCAAUAGGUUUUGUGCUGGUGGUGCUUUGUGAGACUCGACCCUCUGCCAAAUUAUCUGUCUUAAAUUAAUACAGGGAUAUUUAUUGUCUUAAUUAAG